GUUUCUUUCACUUCUGUAGCAGGGCCUUUGUCAGUGUGAAAUCUUUGCUUACCAGGGGGUGAUUUCAGUUGCUGCAGAGAUUCAAGGGGGUGGAGGAGAGACGCUCUCCAUAGCCUGGCAACAGUUUCGGUGUGCGUGUAGUAACUGAGGCUAAGUCUGGCCUUAAGAAUCUAAAUUUCUGCUUGCAUGGCAAUGCUGCAUACUCCAGAGAAGAGAAGUUGUAUACUGUUAACAAGGACAUGGUCAAACAAAGUGCUGCCCCUGGUCAUUACAAGUCACAGAAGGGGUGUGUAUGCCUGUGACAUGUGCAUUUCCAGUCAUAUAGGCUAGAAGAUUCUGAGCUUGUGAACGUGACACACAAAUACCUACAAUGUGAAAUCUGUAGAGAAUUCCUAUUAUUGUAUAGUAAAUAGCAAGAAACAAAAAAUGGACACUCAAUUAUUUUCCCCAUUAUUAGGAGCAAUUACUAGUACGCCACCUCCGCUAGAAUCUUCCCGUCUGUAUAGUGACUGGUCAGCAUGUGGAGAGGAAAUUAGCUCAAAAGCUUCUUUUCAAGACUGCACAAAGAAACGGGCACCAAUAAAUCUUUCUUACUCUGGCAAUGGCCCAGAUAUGUUUGGGCUAGUGUCAAGCAUUUUAGAGGAGCCAAGCAAGCCAGAACCAGCUACGGAUUGGAAUUCUCUUUCAAGAUUGUUUCCACCUAUGUGGGCACCUGAUCUUGGAAGCAAUGUUGAAUUCUCAGGGUUCUCAUCUAAGCACUCUGUUGAAAGUAAGGAUUUUUCAAACCCGACGGGCACACAGAACUACUAUCAGGAACACUUGCAAAAGUCUCACGAUGUGGAGAUGUUACACAGAGGUUUGGAAGAUCUUCAUCUCAUAGAGUCUUGGCUUUCUCCAUCUGGCCCGUGCACUCAGCCUGAUAAUAUUCUGAAGAACAAUUAUCCUGAAAAUUCCUCUUUGCAAAAUAACAAUACAAUUCUCCAAGAAGGGUUUUCAUUUCAAAAUGUAGACUAUAAUCAGCAUUUGUGCGGCUACGAUCACAUGAGGUUAAAUGGAGACUACAAAAAAACUCGUUCCAAUUUUAGCACUUUUUCUUCUCAGAACAGAAUGAAAGAAGGCAGUAGCAUUCAGAAAGAGUAUUGGAAAACUGAAAGAGGCAAAGCUCUGAAAAGUCAUGCUCAAGAACAAACUAAGUAUUCCCCUGAUCUUUCCAGUAGGCCUGUUGAUGACUCUUGGGAUAAAGUGUCCCAGGACAACCACUUGUUUUCUAAAAGAUAUGAAAACUUUACAGCUGCUCAUAAAUUGCAGUCAACUGUUUAUCCAUCGCUAUAUUUUUUCAAUCAACACACUAAAGAAAAUAGUUUUUCUGGAGGGACAAACAGAAAACCACAGGAAACCCAUGUGCAAAACGGUCAUCAGAGCUUUACUUUGGGGGAUGCUUUUAAUAAUAAUAAUGAAUGUAAGAUCCAUAUUAGUCCUAAAGAAUGCUCUCAUAAAGUACCUGAGUAUGAUGUAUCUGCAAAAAAUGUUAUGCAAAAUGGGAGUUAUUCAUCGUACCAUGGACGUAUGCGGCUGGAUGGGAAAAUGGCAAGUCCUUCAGUUGCUUCAGAUGUCACGUAUGGAAAGCAAGUGGUAACAAGUCCACAGUCGUCUUCAGGGGUUUCAACCGUGUCUGGUGGUUCUCCCACCCAUCAGUCUAUAACACAGUCUUCUUACUACUCACAGAUCUUACCUGUCCUCCCUCCAAGGAAAGAUGUAAGGCCACAAAUAUCAAACGGUGUUUCUAAUAACUUGGGAGUUUCUAAUUUCAUCUCAGAAAAUCAGAAGCACAUCAAACCCAUUGGACGAUCGCAGCAUGAUUCAUUGACUAAUAAGGAGGGGCAAUACCGUAAAUUCCCCAUUAAUUUUUCAUCUGACUGGUUAACACAGCAGAAUGCUGUAGGUGAAGACCCUGAAAAAUACCACAGAUUUCCAAAAAAGCAGAGCCAAGAAAAUAGUAAUAAGGAUGAUAGAAGAGGCAGAAGGAAUUGGAUUCCUCAUUUUGGGUAUACCACCCCAAACCGUCAGCAGUUCAAUAUGUUCCAAAAAAAACACGAACAGAAUGGUGGUAGCAUGUCAGAUUUCAUCAAUCCUUCUUUUCUUCCUUCUUUCCCAUUGAUGUCUGAUUUUAAACAAAAUCCCAGCUUUCCUCCAUUUAAUCACCAUCUGUUUUCAUCAGCGAAUAAUUUCAAUUUUCCUCCGUCACCAUUUCCAUUCUCAGAACUUGUUGAUCUUUUUCACUACGAUGACUUUAACCACUUGAAUCCCUUCCUCAACGACCUGUUUUGUGGGGAAAUAGCUGCCCCGUACUUUGCCUUUCCGACACCGUUUAACAAGUACAGACCUCCAAGAAAUCGCAGUGGGCCUGCUAAUGAGCUUCACAUCCGACUGGAGGAGUGUUAUGAGCAGUGGAGAGCUUUGGAGAAAGAGAGAAAGAAGACUGAGGCUGACCUUGCAAGAAACUUUCCAGGAAAGCGCAUAACUAGCUCAAAUAACACUCCUGUGUCCCGCCUUCCUGCUAACCCAUCACGAGUUGAUCGUUUGAUUGUCGACCAGUUACGAGAACAAGCCAGGGUGCUCACGUUAAUAGGAAGAAUGGAAAGGCUUCGUGGCAGCCCCGUACACAGUAACAUAUCCACUGCAUUGGAACACCAUAGGGAAGCCAUUCACGUAACACAGGCGAGGCGUAAGGAUGAGAUUGUUAAUGCUGCUAAUCCACAGAGACAAGGAGCACCACGUUAUAAUAACGAGAAAGAUGUGCUGGCUCUGGCAGCUGCCAUUCGGGAGCUGGCCGCUUCCACGCGCAAGGCUCGUACCGCUUUGUGGUGUGCGUUGCAGAUGACUUUGCGGAAAAACUCUCCAAGCAGUCCACCGAAACAAGAAGCUGUGGCCAGGGCAUUGCAGGAGCUUUGCCCUCCAAACACAAGCACACAAGAAAAAAGCAACGUGGAACGUGAAAACAAAGGAAGCAAAAAAGAAAAACCCGAGGAAGCCAUGAGGAUUCUGGAAUAAUAGCAAAUAACAGCAAAAGGGAGGCAGAAGGCUGAGGAUGGGAAGGACAAAAUGUCUUGUGGUACCACAGGAGAUGUUUUUGAUAAGUUAUCAAAAAGCAAAGGGGUUAGCAUAACUGAUCAGUGCUGCACUUCUAUUACUGUGAUUCUGGUGUUGAGACACACAUCUUGUAAUAGUGUAAAUGCAAUUUUAAUAUUGAUGGUAUGGCGACAUCUGUUACAUAAGAAUUUUAUUAUUAAGAGGAACUAAACAAUAGCUGAGCAUAUCCCUGUGUGCUUAUCCAAAGCUCUGUAUCAGCUGUGAGUCAAGCCAUGACCUGAGGAACCAGAGUGUGGUAGAACUUCAUUCUCCUUUUUUUGGUAAUGAUACAAUUUAGCAUACUUAAAAAAAAAAAAAAAAAAUCCAUUUGCAAGGUAUUUAAUGUUUUUUUUUCAGGGGGUUUUUGCACCACGAUGUAAUCCUUUUAAGUGCCAAAGUGAUCACUAAGUCAUUUGCAUCCCCUUGCUCUGUAAAGAGUAAUCCACACUCCUGUAUUGUUUUUGUCACAGGGAGUCAGGUCAUUCAGGUUAUCGCUAACAGUUUGACAAGAAUAAUCAGUGUUUAAUGUUGGUUGCGUGAGAUGUUCCAGCAGUUGUGCUGCCAAUUCAGUUUCUAGCUAAACCAAUGUAAACUGAGCUUUUCUAUAGCAUAGUCCAUUUAAAUUUUCCAUUAAAAGAAAAAUAAGUUUUGUAGAUUCGCAGUAAGUACUGCAUUGAAGUACACGUUAGCAGGUGAUAUAAAAUUGUCACUCAGGAUUAGAAAUUAGAUUUAUUGAUUCCUCAGUGGGUUAAAAAACAGUAACUAUAUAACACAGUAUGCACUUAAUUAAAAAAAUUAUUGUUUAUUAUUAAUGUA